UUUGGGCUGCUCGCUGCCGUCUGUUGUAACUUUGGAUGUCAGUGGGGAGCAUGAAGAAAGAGAUGGAGAACACGUUCUAGGCAGGGCUGCGCGGUUCGUGGGUCACAUUUCGGGGGUGGUAAAAGGUUCCCUUAGGCUCUCUCGGGGCUGUGGUGUACGUGAACCUCGGGAGAUCGCAUUAAGGCACGAGAAGAACUGUUUUACUGUGAGACCAGGGCACGGUCUGUGCAGAGGCUGCGGAUCCCCGUCCUGGGGGCUCCUCCCGGCCCUGCCCUGCAGAGGGUCCUGCUGAAGGAGGGCUGGGAUGGGAGCUCCAGGGACAGGUCCUGGUUGUGCCUUGGAAUUUCCUUAUGGGAAAUAUAGGGAAGAGUGUGCAUGUCUCAGGGUUCACAAAUUAGAAAAACAUCUGCUUUGGACAAUUUCCUGCGUUUGAAAUGAGUUGUUUGUUUCCUCUUGCAGUGAGAGGGUCCCAAGGGCUGUACAUGGUGAACGGACCCCCCAGUUUCACUGAGAGCACGGCAUUCCAGAGGGAUUCUGGAAAAAAUUGCAAAGCUGUUGCUUUUAGCAAAGAUGGCUCCCUCUUUGCUUGGUGCAAUGGAGAAAAAGUCAAAGUUGUUAAUGUCACCAGAGCUGAGUUACUGCAUUCCUUUGAUCUCCCAAAGACCGUUUGCCUUGAAUUCUCGCCAAAGAAUAAUGUUCUGGCAACGUGGCAGGCCUAUGCAACUGCUAAGGAUGGCACAGCAGGGGUGCCCAACCUGCAGCUCCAUGAUCUGAGAACUGGAAAAUGCUUAAAGUCUUUUGUGCAGAAAAAGAUGCAGAACUGGUGUCCUUGCUGGGCAGAUGAUGAAAGCAUUUGUGCCAGGAAUGUGAACAAUGAAGUGCACUUCUUUGAAAGCAACAACUUCAAUACCAUCGCAAAUAAGCUGCAUUUGCAGAAGGUCAGUGAUUUCGUGUUGUCCCCAGGAGCGCAGCCAACCAAGGUUGCUGUUUAUGUCCCAGGCAGCAAAGGUGCUCCAGCCUUUGUCAGGCUCUACCAGUACCCCAACUUCGGGGGCCCGCAGUCAGCACUAGCCAACAAAAGCUUCUUUAAAGCUGACAAGGUGACAAUGCUAUGGAACAAAAAAGCCACGGCACUGCUGGUGGUUGCCAGCACCGAGGUGGACAAGAGCGGGGCCUCGUACUACGGCGAGCAGACCCUGCACUACCUGGCGGCCAGCGGGGAGAGCGCCGUGGUGCAGCUGCCAAAAAAUGGCCCCAUUUACGAUGUUGCCUGGAGCCCCAAUUCUGUCGAGUUCUGUGCUGUGUAUGGUUUCAUGCCUGCCAAAGCCACAGUUUUUAACCUGAAAUGUGACCCUGUGUUUGAUUUUGGCACCGGGCCCCGCAAUGCUGCCUACUAUAGCCCCCACGGACACAUCCUGGUGCUGGCAGGGUUUGGGAACCUCAGGGGACAGAUGGAAGUGUGGGACGUUAAAAACUACAAACUGAUUUCCAAGCCGGUGGCGUCGGAUUCCACGUUCUUCGCUUGGUGUCCCGACGGGGAGCACAUCGUGACCGCCACCUGCGCUCCCCGGCUGCGCGUCAGCAACGGCUACAAGGUCUGGCACUACACGGGCUCGGUGCUGCACUCCCACGAGGUGCCCUCUGACGAGGAGAUGUGGCAGGUGUCCUGGCAGCCCUUCCUGGACGGGGUGUUCCCGGAGAGAGCGGUGAAACACCGGGCGGUUCCCAGCGAGCUGCCCGGCGCUGAGCCGAGGCCCGCGCAGGCAUACAGACCUCCUGCCCUGAGGAACAAACCUGUCACCAGCUCCAAGCUGCAUGAGGAUGAGCCACCCCAGAACAUGAAACCCCAGCAGGGAGGUGGUGAUAAGCCACUAUCUAAAACAGCUCUCAAAAAUCAGAGGAAACAUGAAGCAAAGAAGGCUGCUAAACAGAUUGUGUUUAUGUGUCUGCAGGAGGCCAAAGCUGAUGCACACCAAGGCCCUGCCGAGGUCAAAACUGCACAGAAUGUCCUGCAGAACACUGUGCCUGCCGUGACCACAGGAGAUCCUGAAGUGGACAAAAAGAUAAAGAAUUUGAAAAAGAAACUAAAGGCAAUUGAGCAGCUGAAAGAACAGGCAGCUGCUGGCAAACAGCUGGAGAAGAAUCAGGUGGAGAAGAUUCAGAAAGAAGCUGCUCUUCUUAAGGAACUGCAAGACCUAGAACUGGGUGUUUAAAUCUUCGUUGGGCUCCUGUAUGGUUCUAACACGAAGUUGAUGCAAAACGUAGUUUGUUAAACAUUUCAGCAAAUGACCAAGGGUGAGAAAGUCCACAGAUUUGCUUGUCAUUUGCUUUUAAAAAAGCGUUUUCCUAAAGAUUUGUGCACAUGAAGCUGUAAGCACGUGAUGAGUAUCCAUCAGCUAGUUCUGCUGCUGUUCCAACGAGAAAUGCACUCUUUUUCUGAGAACAUACUGCCUAAAGCAGAUUUUUUUUUCCUUAUUUGUGUGGGAGAAGGGAAGGCGCUGAAGCCAUUUGAUAGCUUUAUUUAAGAGGAGAUGUGGUCUCUAUGCAAUAAGGGCAGGUGGAUGAAAUAAAGAGCAUUUACUGAC